ACUUUUGCACUGCCAGAGUGCCACUCAGCAACGUCCUAACGACGACGCGAGCGAACAAGCAGUCCUGCACACAGACAGUCCAAGCUGAAAGGGUGGUGGUGUGUCCUUGUGUCAGCGUUAAGGCACAUGAGUAUGGCACGCCGCUUCGUCGCUGCCGCGGCGGUAGUGCUGGUGCUCAUGCACACAGCGGCACCGGCGCGGGGGAUCCUCCCGCCACCGUGGGCUGGAUGGUUCAGCAAACCUCUGGACAGAUUCGCGAUGCAUUGUCCAAAGGGUGCAUCUCUUUCGAUGUUGCGCAGUCAAUAUGACCCUGACUACCACCCUGAUGGAAUCCCAUUGUGGGUGCCAAACCUUGUCAAGGCUCGCCGAUGGGACUUCUGGUGUACAUGGGUGUCCACAGGCUCCACCCACUACACCAGGUUUCCCGCCGAUCUCCUCACCAUCAUCGACAGAUGGGAUUGGAUGUACUACGCAUAUGGCUACCCUUCUAUCCAAUGGUCCGACAUCCUUGCAGGGGAGGGAAACACAAUCUUCGCUUGCCCAGAUAAUCAAUACGUGGCUGGUGUGAAGAGGUUGUUUGAUGACGCCGAAGUGGCCAAUUCAAUCGACCCCAACGUGUACAGUACGCCCGUAAGGAGAUACUGGCAGCUGCUGUGCGAACCCAUCGAAAACGCCAAGCUCACCGAUUGUCGAAGCGACAUUGUGUUCGCGAAUGACUACGAGGAAGAGCUCCUUUACGCUUUCACCGAAAGGGUGCUGACAGGGUGGCGCAGUGAAUAUGACGCCGACUUGCUGGAUUCAAAAUUCAAGUUUAUCACCUGCAAGGUCGAGUGUGACAGGGACUCUGGCUUCAAACCAAUGAACGAGCGCGAGUGCGAGUACGUCACGUGUCCGUACAUCACCCUGGAACACGGGAGCCACACCGGCUAUCAGGGUGGUGCUAUCGGUGUCGACUUCACAUACGAAUCCUGCGACGAGGGCUACGAGCUGUCAACCACCGGCGACAAGACGCGCACGUGCGGGUGGCUUGGCGACGAGCUCGUGUGGUCCGGCACCCCAAAGACAUGCGACGACAUUGACGAGUGUGCCACUGGCGCCCACAACUGCGAUGGGCCAUCAGCCAUCUGCAUCAACACGCCAGGCAGCUUUUCGUGCUCGUGCAUCUACGGCACUUUGGUGGAUGGACAGUGUGUCGUCCCCGCCCCAUCCGUGAGCAUGAGUGUUGGCGUGGCAUCCCUGUCCUUUACCCUCUCUGGCCAAUGGACAACCGAGUUUCCAAACUAUCAGGUGUCUAUUGGUCGCUGGGCAUACGAUCUGUCCGCGCACACAGACAUCAACGGGUACCCGCAAGUUGUGUCCAAACCCUUUACCUCCCACGCCGUAUCGAACCUGGCCCACGGAACUCGCUACAGGGUCACCCUGACGCCGCUUGAUGAGUAUGAUCAGCCACAGCCACACUUUGAGCACGUUGCGUACCACACCGGCACGACAGAUCCGCAGACACCGUGCGGCUGCCAAGGCCUCUCUGAUGCGCCUGUGGACUUCAAUAUGGAGCAGUUCAACGGGCACAUCACGUUUGAGUGGAGGGACCGCAGCAUGUGCGAGUCGGCCUUCACCUUCACCCGCAACGGCGUUGGCCUUGCCUCGCGUUUCGAAAGCACGGCCGAGGACCUUUGCGAUGCGGCGUACAAGCCCCUCUCUCUCUUUGACGACCUCACCAUCCAAUCAUCCGGCAGCUUCGCUGAGCUCGACUCCUCCAUCAACUACAAGCUUCCCGAAGGGUCCUUCUAUCUCCGGCUGAGCACGGCGGUGGACGAGGGCGACAUGCGCCUCAUGUAUCCUCACGAGCUGCAACGCCAGAAAACGCACUUUGCGUCCACCAGCACGACCACGACUGCUGCGCCGCUAGGAGUGCCCAAGGACGAGCACCGCUACUACCCCGGCACAUCCUCACCGGUUGCAUCCGUGACGGAGUGCAAGGACCUGUGCGACAUCCGCUCCUCCUGGUGUAUCGCCUUUGUUGUGCAGACCAAGACGGACGACACGCUUGUGUGCCACCAGCUGCGUGUUGUGCAGACGGCUGCCCUGAAAAGCGGCGAGAAGAAGGCCGUAUCGUACGAGCGCGUCACCGUGUCCGGCACGGGCGUGUCCGGCUCCUACAUCUUCGACGGCACGCAGGACGACUGCGAGCAGGCGUGUAUUGACUCUGGCUCGUGUGUCCUGACCAUGGUGGAUGAGGGCGUGUGUGGGGUCAUCAACAGCGCCGUGACAACGGGAACGCCGGCCACCGCCACCCACGCCAGUUUCCAGCCCGACUUCAGCCGCUUCAUCCCCGGCCCAGAGGCAGGCAGCACGCAGAGGUACUGCGUUGCCGCCACCAACCCCACCUGGUACACGGAGGGCGGGUACAGCUCCCAGCUCGCGUGCAAGGACUUUGAGGUGAUGUGGGAGAGCUACCUCGAGGGCCAGGUCACCAUCGACUCGAAGGAGAUCCACCUCCCUGUUGAGCACGUGGAGAUUGAGUACGAGAUUGGGCCCAUCCGUGGCCGCCGCGUCACCAACGAGGACGGCAAGUUCUUCAUCCACAUCCUCUCGGACCAGCUGCGCGGCAACCGCAACCGCAUGACGCUCCGCUUCUCCAAGACCACGGGCAACAUCAGGCACACGUUUUCCUGCGGCGGCAUUGCAUGCACAGAGACCACGCUCAUCAUGGAGCACCUGCGCUUCGACCACCACGCGAGUGUCAGUGACACGACCUCCCUCCCCUUCAGUGGUAUCGUCUCAAUUGGUGGUACGGAGCACGAGGGCCUUCCUGACGGCUGCCCGCUCAAGGACGUCGAGGUGUGCCUGUACGACAUCAACCAGGCCAACACCCUCAUCAACUGCGAUGUGACGGACUCCAAGGGGCGCUACCUCAUCCGCGCCGUCAUGGGCACAUCUGUCACCGUCGGCCUCACCUAUGGCAACUCGUCCCACACCUAUGAGCGCGCGCCAUACGCCAGGGACGCUGCCAACGCCCCCUCAGGCCUGCAUCAGGUCAUUGACGCGACAAACACCAUGGUGCGUACACCGUACUACGAUGUGACGGACGGCAAGUUCUGGGAGAACAUCAACUUUAAGGACACGACCACUGACAAAGGUACCAUCGACAUUGCUGGUGGGCUGUGCAACCUCAACCUCGGCGAUGCGGUGAUGGAGUUCCGGUAUGACGCGUGCCCAACGUGGGUGAAGACACACACCGUCUCCGACCGCCUGUCUGAGUGGACGCUGCCAGCGCAGAUCAUCACGGUGCGCUUCAAGGAGAUAACGCGCAACUACGAGGUGCGCGGCGAGAUAACGCGCUACUUCUCGGCCAAGCUGGGCAACUCGCGGUCGCUGUACUUGGACCUGCGCAACCCGCAGGAGGACGACGAGGACAAGAAGACGGUGCGGUUCGAGUACCACCCGCCACCGCAGCUGAGCGUUGAGUUUGACAAGGAGGUGAAGCACAACUGUAACAGCACAGAGGGCGAUCGCCCCUUGCACGUUGUGAAGCAGAACGUGGAGCUGAAGGCGACUGUGAAGGUCAUUGAGGACUAUGGCGAAGGCGUGGGCACGUGCGAUGCGGUGCCGGGCCAGAUUGAGGUUGAGAACCAGUUGGGCGAGUCGCCGGCCAUCGUGGACGUGCUCAACGCAACCACUCCGCUCUCUGACGACCAGCUGAACAAGCUCAAGCGCUGCUACGACACAUGCAUCAGGGACGUGAAGAUGGACGAGGAGCUUGAGGAUGGCGAGACGGUGUACUCCAACACGCGCAUCGAGCUGAGCAUCAUGACGGGUGAGCCGGAGACCAACCCACAGGCCAUCGACCCCGAGAACCCGCACUCCAAGCUCUUCCGCGUCACCAUGCACAACCUGCCGCACAAUCCCGUCAGCGUGUACGAGAAGGUGGUGGUGAUUGGUGACAAGGUCAUCUCCAAGUACUUCAGCGUGCCCUUCCCGCGCUACCGACCGCUUGCGGUGGUGCAAGAUCCGCCCGGUGGCCUCUCCACCGUCACGUACUCCAAGGCGUACGCCAACUUCUAUGUCGACACGUACACGCACGAGGUGUACAACGGGUUCUACACCUCGCUUGGCGUUGCGCCUGUCAAGGCCGGGGCAGAGACGCAAACCUGCGGCGGAUUUGGUGCGAUGCUGUGUGUCAAGUCAUCGGACGUCGACACCACGCCCGUGUUUAUCCGGACAGACUUGGCGAUGGACUGGGCAAGCGCCGAUCCUGAAGACAACUACAUGACGGGGCAGACGAUGGCGUUUGAGAUUUCGCUGACGACCUCUGACGAUGUGAUGACGGCUGGCGAGAAGUCGGACAUGUUCCUCGUGCCCGCACUCAACGUGGUGUGGCUCGAGACGGAGGAGGUCUCGUUCGACGUGGAGCAGUGCCAGGCAUCCAAGCAGACCAAGGUCAAGUGGAGCCUCGAGGGCCAGGACAACACGGAGGUGCUGAGCUGGGUGUCUGCGUUUGAGAUUGAGAACAAGGAGAUCCCAGACCUUCGCAAGCUGCUCGCUCUCGCCGAACAGCCGCCAGGCGAUGACGACGACGAGACGGAGGAGGAUAGAGAGGAGAAGGCUGCUGAGCUGCGGCGGGCGAUCAAGGCGUGGGAGGACAACUUGGCGCGCAACAAGGAAGUGCGGCAGCAGGCGGCAGACGGAACGCUCGAGUCCGUGCAGGCCCUCAUGUCCAACACGUUCUUCAACGAGUACCACUGCACGCCUGAAAUACCGGAUAUGUCGCAGCAUCCUUGGACUGACAGGAGAUCUGCGGAGGAACUGAAGAGGGCAGCGUCAAAGGAGGAGCGGUGCAACUUUCUCGGCACUUCGCACAUUGAAAACGACGUCGGCUUGGGCGCAGCGCUUGCCCCACACGACCUGAUUGACAACGCACGCGACGUGGACGGCCAGGCUGCCUCGGAUGCGGACAAGACGCAACUUCGCAGCAUCAACGCAAUCAAGUUCUCUGGUGGCGGCUCCACGUACACGUUUGGGGUGGACAUCUCCAAGUCCACGAGCGUUGUAGCCGGCGACACCAACACGGUGGAAGCGACGCUUGGCGUGGAGACCAGCUUUGAGUUCAAGGUGUUUGGCAUCGGCGCAAGCUUUGAAGGCGCGCUUGGGUACCACCACGAUCAAACGAAUGACGAGGAACACGAGGCAGGCGUGGAUACUGAAACCCACAUCGAAGUCACCCUUGGUGACCCGGACCCCUUUGACGUGUUUGAUGUCAAAAUGUAUCUGCACCCCGACUACGGCACGCUCGUGUUCCACACCACCUCUGGCCAGUCCUCCUGUCCACACGAGCCCAACACCGUGCAGCUUGAGCAGCCUGGCGUGAGCAUCUUGAAGCGGCCAGAGGCGCCCGUGCUGCCUGGCGAACCCGCCGUGUUCGAGCUCCUGCUCAAGAAUGACGGUCCCAUGACUUCAGACUUUAACCUGUUCUAUCUGUCGUGGCUGAACCAAGACGGCCUUGAAGUCGUGGCCAACGGACAGGCACUGGAGACGCCACUUGUCUUUGAAGGCUUCCCGGCCAACUCAGCAAGCCACAUUGUCAUCACCGUGAACCAGGGCCCCAACAAGUUCAAGUAUGACCCAGUCGCCAUUGGCUGGCGAUCGCUGUGCGAGGCCGACAGGCACCCCGACAACGGUUACAUCACAGACGAAGUAACGAGCGUGGAGUACGUGUACUUGGAGGCUGAGUUCCUGCAACCGUGCAGCCCGGUGAAGCUCGUUGGCGAGAUUGGCGAGUCUGGCGCGUUCACCCUCAACCAGGAGACGAUGGAGCAGGACUACAAGCCUGGCCAGAUCCGCGUCGUUGCCUUCAACUCGGACCACGCCGAGCGCACGUGGCUGGAGGACGAUCGCCUGGAGAAGGUCGUCAUUGAGUACAAGCCCGCCAACUCGUACGUCUGGCUGCUGGCCCGCGAUGAAAACGGGGAUGCGCUGGACAUUCGCGAGCGCGAGAACGAGUACGGCUACAUAACGUCGUGGUGGGACGCGUCCACGCUGCUUGAGGGCGACUACCACCUCCGCAUCCGCGCGCAGUGCCAGGCGUCCAUCAACGAGAUGCCCGAUGGCAUUGAUGAGCAAGUGUCGUCCAUUGCGCUUGGCGUUGUUGACCGCAGCCCGCCGGUCGUGUUUGGGUUCCCUGAGCCAGCGGAUGGGGAGUUCUUCCCUGGCGACGAGAUGUCGUUCCAGUUCAACGAGGACGUGGAGUGCCGGCAGCCGUUCAUCUUCCAGGUGUCGCUGACGGUGGAGGACUACGACCGCGACUUCAACAACAACAACAUGGUGAUUGUGUGCGAGGGCCGCAAGAUCUCCAUGUCACUUCGCCGCAGGUUCCGCUACGACGAGGUCAACGGCCUCACUGCCACUGUUGUCAUCGAGAACGUCAAGGACCUCAACGACAACUUGAUGGAGUUCCCACCCGAGCACACGUUCCAGUUUGCGGAGCUGAACCUGGCCGAUGCCAGCGUCACGCUGAACGGCCUGGUGCUGGCAGCGCCGUACCAGGACGUGUAUGCCGACACCACGUCGCAGGAGUACGCAGACUUUGCUGGCGUGCUAAAGACGGAGCUGGCCACUAUUGUGGACACGGACCCCUCACGCGUGACCAUCACGGGCAUCUCCCCCGUUGACGCGACCAACUUCGAGGCUGGCAUCACCGUCUCGCUCCGUUUCACGCCUGAAGGAACAGACACAGCAGCUACUGGCCGUCGCCGUCGUGCCACCACUUCGACUGCCACGGAUCUCGCCAGCCUGCUGCAGAGCCGGCUGCAGGAUGCAGCGUACACGGAAUCGCUCUCUGUCCUCAACACUGCCUCGCUGGACGAGGAAGCGACGGUCGACGUGGAGCCGUCCACCGCGGACUUGGCGCAGAACGACGCCGUCAGCGCUGACACCCAAACCUCCGGCGCAGGUGCUGCAGGUGCUUCCGACACAUCGACAUCUGCAUCGACCGGCUCAUCCGCUUCUGGGACCGAUUCGUGGGCGAACAUCAAGCUGGAUAUCGCCAUUGGAAUGCUUGCAGUCGUGCUGUGCAUGCUUGUGAUUCUGCUUGUGAGGGGCCAGUCAAAGGCCGCUGCAUCCUCACCAAAGCGGAUGUCCAGCAUGUUUCCUCUGCGGCUUUCACCCUUUGCCCGAACAAGCUCUCGCGUUUCUCCGUUUGCUGACACUGACACGUGCGAGACUUCCAACGCGUAAGUGGUGGGGAGCAUAUAUAUUCGUCCUGGCCAAUGCUCAGUGAUGGGCAUGUUGACGUCGAACACAUUGCAUACAACCGAAAUGGCGUUCUUGUGCGCCUUCAUGAUCGUUUUCUUUCUGCGCCGAAUGUUGUCAUUUCUAUGUGGUUGGACGUGAUGUGAAUGUCAGCGCUUUCUUCUUGUGCUUCCUGAUUGCAUGGGCUGUGCGACAUGCACGCGUGGUUUGUGUGCUCAGCGAUGAUAGAUGGAUGUCAUGCAUGCAUCGCGUGUUUUAGUGGCUGUUGAGUGAGUCCAUUCUGCUGUCUGGUCCGCGCGUUUGCGCAUUUACAUAGUGCGAAUACACGAACUAUUUGGGA